CAAAAGUAAAGUUUGAAGCGCAUUUGUAACGUGCUUGUGACGGUUAUUCAACCUCUAUCUUUUUACACCAGAUUAUACCUACUCUACCUCCGUUCUACAAUAAACUAAACUCCGUCACAACUCAAGACACAGAGGAAAGUUUUGUCUGCAUUUACCUCAAAAUGUCUGGCACAAUAUUCCUUCCUGAGGAAACAAAUGAAUCACAAACAAUAGAAGAAAUGGAAGAUGAAUUAUUCAAUCAGAGACUAAUCUAUCAAAUGCUCAUAAAAAUCAGUAAAGAUCCAACUGUGCCGGAUAAUAUAAGAAGUAAAGUACAUGAAACAAUCAUGUUUGCAAACAUUCAACAAGUUUCCAAUAUAAACACACCUGAAGGUUCCCCCAAAACAAUUCUUGGUCUGAAGGGUCUUCAAUCACCAGAUUUUACACAUGAAGAACAAAGCAUGGUUGUAAAACUUGUGGAUGAAAGAUUAUUAGAUUAUCUAAAAGAACUUCAAGAUAAUCAACCUAGAAAAGAAGAAGAUGUGUAUAUUUCUGAUGAAAUUCUCUUUGAGUCUAGAGAAAAUCUACAAAAAACAAUGAAAUCUUAUGCUACUAACUUAUUAGAGUAUCAGAAGUUGUUAGAGCAAGUGCAAGAUUUUCAAGCAAAAAAGUUGCCUGAAAUAUGCACUGGAAAAGAGAAAGAAACCAAGAUGUUGCUGAAGAUGAAUGAGUCACAAGUUAAAUUGAUGGAGCACUCAGUUCAGAUUCAGAUCUGCACAGAGAAUGAAGUAUGCCUUGAUGCAUACAAACAGCUGCUGGAAAGUAUUAAGUCUGAAAAGGCACAGUAUGAGAUGGGGAUACAACAAUUAAAAGAAUUAAAGGUAAAAUACAAGUUGGCUGACAGCAAAGAGUAUCGGGAAGUUUUAAAGGAGUAUGUGGACUAUCAGACUGCAAUUGAAAAGAUUCACAGAAUGCAGCAACUUAUCAAUAACAAGUCAUAAAGAUAACAGUGUAUAUGGUAUAAUACUGUCAUCUUCAGCAUGCAGGAUCAUAAUUGGACAAGUUACGUUCAAAAUAUACUCGUCAGUAGCGAAGAGGAAUCCGUUCAUUUUCAAUGGAUGUCUAAUAGUUUGGUCAAACCAAGGCAACCAAGCAAAGACCUAAAACAUUAACUUUUUUAGAAAAUACAUGGACAAAUUGGAUAAAACGUACUCUUCCAUAAGGAUGUUCAGAUAUUUCUUCAUCCAUGCUGGUCAUCGGUGCUUCCAAAAUUAAACCAUGCGGUAGCAAUUUCUCUGGUAAUCCAUUAAUGGUGAGUGUACUUAAUGGUGUACCUAAAGAAUGUCCCCAAACGUAGAUCCUCUUACUAGUCAAGCUCCGUACCCAUUCGAAAACGUGAAUAGCGUCUUCAGCAACAUCUUUUUCGCUUAAAAUCGCCGGUGUCGAAUCGGCGUAAUCUCUAUAAUCGAACGCAACGACAUGAAAAAAUCGCAACAGAACGUUGUACAUCAUCAACGGAUCUUUGCGACUUUCCCCACUACCGUGGAAAUAAAUGACUACAUCCGCCGUGUUAUUUUUUAACGAUUGGUCGUAAUCGAAUUGUGACGGAAAUACUGUUUCAUUGGGAUAAGAUGGGAAUGCUACAAAGUGCCAUACUCCUAAAGAUAUUGACAGGUUGGAGCGGUCUGUGAAGUCGAUAUAAAAGUUGCGAAAGAGCACCGUCGGGUGCUCGUCCAACUUCUUGUAAUAAUUGCGAUCGGAGGGCAAACCAACUGAAAUAUUACCAGAUUUUUAUGGACACACAACCUUUAAACAUUAAACUUACCAUUUGUAAACAUU